ACAAAACAAUCCAGUAUUUCUUUCAACAAAAAUAAAUAAUAACAAACAUGAGAGUAUGACAACCCCGCCGUCUCAACCACCGCCACAAAAUACCGUCCGUAAACUUGUGGUGGAAGUAGUCGAUGCACGUGACUUGCUUCCAAAGGACGGCCAGGGAAGUUCCAGUCCCUACGUCAUCGCUGACUUUGACGGCCAAAGAAAGCGAACCUCCACAAAGUUUCGGGAGCUCAAUCCAGUAUGGAACGAGCCAUUGGAGUUCAUUGUGUCGGACCCCAAAAACAUGGACUAUGAAGAGCUGGAUAUCGAGGUAUACAACGAUAAAAAGUACUGCAAUGGCAGUGGCCGUAAGAACCACUUCUUGGGAAGGGUUAAGUUGUACGGUAGCCAAUUCUCAAAGCGUGGAGACGAAGGGUUGAUGUAUCUUCCUUUGGAGAAGAAAAGUGUUUUCAGCUGGAUUAGAGGAGAGAUCGGCUUGAGAAUUUGUUACUACGAUGAGUUGGUUGAAGAGGAGCAGCCACCGCCAGAGGGUCAACCGCCGCCAAAUCAACCUCCUCCAGAAGAACCGUCGCAGAACACACCCGCGGUUGUUGUCGUUGAGGAAGGUCGAGCUUUCGAGGUUCCUGGACACGGGCAGACUUGUCAUCCUGUUCCAGAGCACUACCAUUGUCAACCGCCUCCGGUUACCAUAAUCGAGGAAUCUCCACCGCACGUGGUGCAAGUACCACCGGAUCCACCUCAUUAUGCGCCGCCAGAUGAGCCGAUUCCGACGGUGGAGGUGAUGAAGAUGCAGAGCGCAGGUGUUGAAAGAGUUAAAGUUUUGAAAAGACGAUAUGGAGAAUUUUCACCGAGGGUGAUCACUACUGGUAAAGCUUCCGGAGAAACUGCAACAGCAGAGAUGGUCCAUCCAUACAAUCUGGUUGAGCCGAUGAUGUAUCUAUUUGUGAAAAUCGUAAAGGCGCGUGGCUUAGCUCCAAACGAGAGUCCAUAUGUGAAAAUCAGAACGUCCAAUCAUUUCCGGAAAUCCGAACCGGCAUUUCAUCGGCCCGGUGAGCCAACCGACUCCCCCGAGUGGAACCAGGUAUUCGCACUGGGUUAUAAUAAGAAUGACUCCGCCAACGCGCUUCUGGAAAUCUCCGUGUGGGACUCUCAUUCGGAAAAUUUCCUCGGCGGUCUUUGUUUCGAUCUUUCCGAUGUUCCGGUGCGGGACCCACCAGAUAGUCCGCUGGCCCCACAGUGGUAUCGCCUCGAGAGCGGACCUCCAGAACAAGGGAAUAGAAUAUCCGGUGACCUUCAGCUGGCCGUAUGGAUUGGGACUCAAGCUGAUGACGCGUUUCCCGAAGCGAGGAGCUCGGAUGCGCCCUACGUGGCACACACGCGCUCUAAGGUUUAUCAAUCGCCUAAACUCUGGUAUUUGAGAGUUACCGUGAUUGAAGCUCAGGACCUUCACAUUGCUCAUAAUUUACCUCCGUUGACGGCACCGCAGAUUAGAGUGAAAGCGCAGUUGGGGUGUCAGUCUGUACGGACGAAGCGUGCGUCUAUGAACAAUCACAGCUCGUCGUUUCACUGGAAUGAGGACUUAUUCUUCGUCGCCGGAGAGCCGUUCGAAGACUCCUUGAUUUUGUUGGUCCAGGACCGUACAAGCAAUGAAGCAAUGCUCCUGGGACACAUCAUGAUUCCAGUGAGCUCGAUCGAACAACGAAUCGACGAGCGACACGUGGCGAGCAAAUGGAUUGCCUUGGAGGGAAGAAGCGAAGGUGGCUGUAGCUGUGGGCCCUACUGCGGGAGAAUUCAGCUACGAUUAUGUUUGGAGGGUGGAUAUCACGUGCUUGAUGAAGCGGCGCACGUGUGUAGUGAUUUUAGACCCACGGCUAAGCAGCUUUGGAAGCCAGUUAUUGGAAUUUUGGAGCUGGGGAUUCUAGGCGCACGCGGCUUGUUGCCAAUGAAAACCAAAAAUGGAGGUAAAGGCUCUACUGAUGCUUAUUGUGUGGCCAAGUACGGUAAAAAGUGGGUGCGCACCAGAACCAUCACUGACAGCUUUGAUCCACGCUGGAAUGAGCAGUACACGUGGCAAGUGUACGAUCCGUGUACUGUUCUUACUAUUGCAGUGUUCGACAACUGGCGGAUGUUUGCUGAUGUAUCAGAAGACAAACCCGAUUGGCGUAUUGGGAAAAUACGUAUUCGCGUAUCUACUCUGGAGAACAACAAAGUGUAUACAACUUCGUAUCCUUUGUUGGUACUGACGCGUUCCGGGUUGAAGAAAAUGGGCGAGAUUGAAUUGGCCGUUCGGUUUGCCUGCCCGUCAAUGUUACCGGAUACUUGCUCAGUUUAUGGGCAGCCACUGCUUCCUAGAAUGCAUUACUUACGGCCACUAGGCGUGGCCCAGCAGGAAGCGUUGCGUGGGGCUGCAACCAAAAUGGUGGCCGCAUGGCUGGGCCGGUCUGAACCCCCAUUGGGCCCAGAGGUUGUGAGGUACAUGUUGGAUGCGGAUUCUCAUGCAUGGAGCAUGAGAAAGAGUAAAGCAAAUUGGUUUCGGAUCGUUGCGGUUCUUGCGUGGGCUAUCGGGUUGGCUAAAUGGUUGUAUGAUAUUAGAAGGUGGAAGAAUCCGGUGACUACAGUUUUAGUGCAUGUGUUGUAUUUGGUUCUUGUUUGGUACCCAGAUUUGGUAGUACCAACUGGGUUUCUAUACGUUGUGUUAAUUGGAGUGUGGUAUUAUAGGUUCAGGCCCAAGACACCUUCGGGCAUGGAUACAAGAUUAUCACAGGCAGAAGCGGUUGACCCGGAUGAGCUAGAUGAAGAAUUCGAUUCAAUACCCAGUUCAAAACCACCGGACAUAGUUAGGAUGAGGUAUGAUCGGUUACGGAUGUUGGCUGCAAGGGUCCAAACAGUUUUGGGUGAUUUUGCGACCCAAGGAGAGAGGGUUCAAGCUUUGGUAAGUUGGAGAGAUCCAAGGGCCACUAAAUUGUUCAUUGGGGUUUGUUUAGUCAUUACAUUGGUACUGUACGCGGUCCCACCCAAAAUGGUGGCUGUGGCACUAGGAUUUUACUAUUUAAGGCAUCCCAUGUUUAGAGACCCCAUGCCGCCGGCUAGCUUGAACUUCUUCCGGCGGUUGCCCAGUUUAUCGGACCGAUUGAUGUAGAGUUGAAGAGUAGAUUAGGAAUUAAUAGUAAAUUUUUAGGCAGCAAGUGGAAAGUGGUGGGGAAGAGGGUGGAACAAAGUUUACUGUUUGUGUUGAAAAGUUGUUCCUUAGUAACAUUGUAAGGAGUGAAAAAAAAAAAAAAAGAGGGCGGGAUUAAAAGGGAAAGUGGCUAGUUGUCAUUAUUGUC